AUGUCUUUAAGAUUAGCAGCAAGAAGAUUCUCCACCUCCGCGGUUAAAUUGUUCGAAAAAGAGAAGGAAGUCAAGGCUCAAGCAGUGGACGCGUUGUCUUCUCCUAGCGGCCAGUUCCAAUCGUUUGCCCAAUACAGACUCAAGAUUGUGCAAAAAGACCCAUUGUCGCUACAAACAAGAAGAACGUUUGUACAGGGCAACCCUGCCGCAGUCGAGACAAACGAGGUGGACGAGAAGUUCAGAAGACUGGCCAAAAAGAUCUCUUUGUAUUCACCACACACCUUUCUUAACUCCAGGGAACUCGCCGUCUCUGGCCAUGAGCCGGAACUGGUAUCUGCUCACCCGGAACGGCUUGAUAAUCUUUUUGCUGGUGCCGCUUUCCACGCACCGGUCGCGGACCUGGUUCAUUCUGGUGAAGUUGGGCAGCGCGGUCAGCUGGACCUGGGCCUCGAUACGCACUUUCUGGGGCAGGGCCGCGUUUCUGGCUAUGAACUUGAGAGCCUUUGUGGUGACCUCGUAUUGGGCGGCCAUCUGGCGCUUGAAGUUGUCUCUGAGGACUCUGGUGUUGAGGAACCCGGUAGGGAUGCUCACAGGCUGCGGGAACCGUUUCAUCGGCUUGCUCGCCUUGACUAUCUUCAGCACCUCGGACAUGCUGGUUAUGCUGGCUAG